GCGGGGACCCGCCCGUCCCGGAAGCCGGACCCCGAGCUUCAGAUGCGAGGGAUGGUCCAGCGGGGCCGGGGCGCCUGUCCCCGUGACAGGGUUUUUGAGGCGCAUUCGGACCGCGCCUGAAAGCGUCGGAGCCGGAACGUCCUGCUACCUCGGCGUGAUGGUGGCCCCUGCGCGGAGCGCUUGUAGGAGGGUCGAAUGCAGCCUCAAAAGCCGGUUGCUAAAAGGAGAAAUUCUCGCGGUGUCUCUGGAGGAGUGCCCAUAGCCGUGUUGGAGUCACUGAUAAUUCAGCUGAGGGAGCCAGCGACACAGGACAAUGCAAGCCCACGAGUUGUUCCGGUAUUUUCGAAUGCCAGAGCUGGUUGACUUACGACAGUACGUUCGCACUCUUCCGACCAACACGCUCAUGGGCUUUGGAGCUUUUGCAGCCCUCACCACCUUCUGGUACGCCACGAGACCCAAAGCCCUGAAGCCACCAUGCGACCUGUCCUUGCAGUCUGUGGAGGUGGCGGGUAGUGAUGGUGCCCGGAGAUCCGUGCUACUGGAUGGCGACGAGCCCUUGGUGUAUUUCUAUGAUGAUGUCACAACCAUGUACGAGGGUUUCCUGCGGGGCAUACAGGUGUCAAAUAAUGGCCCUUGUUUAGGCUCUCGGAAGCCAGACCAACCCUAUGAAUGGCUUUCAUACAAAGAGGUUGCGGACAUGUCAGAGUGUGUGGGCUCAGCGCUCAUCCAGAAGGGCUUCAAGACUUCCCCGGAUCAGUACAUUGGCAUCUUUUCUCAGAACAGACCUGAGUGGGUGAUCAUUGAACAGGGAUGCUUUGCUUACUCCAUGGUGUCCGUUCCCCUCUAUGAUACGCUUGGAGCUGAAGCCAUCACCUACAUAGUCAACAAAGCCGAACUCUCUCUGGUUUUUGUUGACAAGCCAGAGAAGGCCAACACGCUAUUAGAAGGUGUAGAAAAUAAGUUAACGCCAGGCCUUAAAACCAUAGUCAUCAUGGACUCCUAUGGCAUCGAUCUGUUAGAACGAGGCAAAAGGUGUGGCGUAGAAAUCAUCAGUCUGAAGGCAAUGGAGGACCUGGGAAGAGCCAACAGACAGAGACCUAAGCCGCCAGCACCUGAAGAUCUUGCAGUGAUUUGCUUCACCAGUGGAACUACAGGCUACCCCAAAGGAGCCCUGAUCACUCAUCGAAAUAUAGUGAGUGAUUGUUCAGCUUUUGUGAAAAUAACAGAGAAGGUACUUGCCUUGAAUGCCAGUGACACACACAUUUCGUUUUUGCCACUCGCACACAUGUAUGAGCAGCUUCUGCAGUGUGUAAUGCUGUGUCAUGGAGCUAAAAUCGGAUUUUUCCAAGGAGAUAUCAGGCUGCUUAUGGACGACCUCAAGGCACUUCAACCCACUAUCUUUCCUGUGGUCCCCAGACUGCUGAACCGGAUGUUUGACCGAAUUUUUGGGCAGGCAAACACCACCCUGAAGCGAUGGCUCCUGGACUUUGCCUCCAAGAGAAAAGAAUCAGAGCUUCGCAGUGGCAUCAUUAGAAACAACAGCCUGUGGGAUAAACUGAUCUUCCACAAGAUACAGUCGAGCCUGGGAGGAAAGGUCAGGCUGAUGGUCACAGGAGCCGCGCCCGUGUCCGCCACCGUGCUGACGUUUCUGAGAGCAGCGCUCGGCUGUCAGUUUUACGAAGGCUACGGACAGACCGAAUGCACUGCCGGGUGCUGCCUGACCAUGCCUGGAGACUGGACAGCAGGCCACGUUGGUGCCCCAAUGCCUUGUAAUUUAAUAAAACUUGUUGAUGUAGAAGAAAUGAACUACCUGGCAGCCAAGGGCGAGGGCGAGGUGUGUGUGAAAGGGCCAAAUGUCUUCAAAGGCUACUUGAAGGACCCAGCAAAAACGGCGGAAGUUCUGGAUAAAGAUGGCUGGUUACACACAGGGGACAUUGGAAAGUGGUUACCAAAUGGUACCUUGAAGAUUAUCGACAGGAAAAAGCACAUAUUUAAACUGGCGCAAGGAGAGUACAUAGCACCGGAGAAGAUUGAGAACAUCUACGUGCGAAGCGAACCUGUCGCUCAGGUGUUUGUGUACGGAGAGAGCUUGCAGGCAUUUCUCAUCGCAAUCGUGGUACCGGAUGUUGAGACGUUAUGUCCCUGGGCCCAAAAGAGAGGAUUUGCAGGCUCCUUUGAGGAACUCUGCAGGAACAAGGAUGUCAGAAGAGCCAUCCUAGAAGACAUGGUGAGGCUCGGGAAGGACUCUGGCCUGAAACCAUUUGAACAGGUCAAAGGCAUUACUCUCCACCCCGAAUUAUUUUCUGUCGACAAUGGCCUCCUGACCCCAACAAUGAAGGCUAAACGGCCAGAGCUUCGGAACUAUUUCAGGUCACAGAUAGAUGAACUUUAUUCCACCAUCAAAGUUUAACGUGAGAAAGAAACCACACACCUCCAACGUCUCCUACUGAUGGCCUUCACGUUGGUAAUUUUGACUAGAGCACGCGUAGGAAAGGGAGCGUCCGUGUUUGACUUGUGCAUUCGGGGUUCUUGUCAUAGGAAUAUUAGAGGACGUGGAACACUGCCUUACAGUCCCCUCGUGUUGCAGACCAUGCUUAUGGUGAUACACAAUUUCCAAAAUGAGCCUUAAAAUUGCAAAGGGGGAACUAUAAAUGUGCUAAGUUAUUUAUGACUUCCUCAGUUUAAAAAAAAAAAAAAAAAGGCGGGUGAAAACUUCUGUCUCCCUGUUUUUCUAACCAAGGGAUUAGGAUUUUGCUGCAAAUUCUGCAUUUGUCUGCUGCUCUCGAGUACAGUGCCCUGGAGGGAACCUGUCCCUUAAAAACAAGAACUGUCCCAGCUGGAGAACAUCACAAGUGGACCAGAGAUUCUUUUUUAAUCCCUGCCUCCUUCCCUUCACCGCCUCACACGCACUCUGACAACCCCUCUGAUCCCGGGGUAUGGAGCGCGCACGCUUCCCCGCUGUCCCCAUUGUCCUGUAGGAGCAGAAGUUUCCCAGAGAAGGACAGAACAGACUCCACUGAAAACAGCACAGAUUACGGAGUCUCCGAUGAAUGGCUGCUCACCUGAGCGAAUGAAUGGAUUCUGGCAUCCAUGGGGCAGAAUGCGCUCAGACCCUCUUCUCUACGCCCGCUUCCCUCCCUCCAUCCCUUCCCAGGGGUUAUUAAAAAAUCUGCCUUAGACUCUGCAGUGAAGAGAAGCAUUUCAAGAAGGAAAUAAAAUCACCUGGGUCAACCAUGCUCAACUGUGACGCCUGUGUAACUGUUGACUUUAUCUUCACCGAACCAGUCACUAUUUGUGAUGGCCGAUGGAGUUUUAAUGUGGUUUUCACAUCAGAAGAUUACGUUGUGAUUAACGGGCUCCCCCGGCCCCCAGUAAACUCUCAGGCAAGGCAUGUCUUUCAAAAUAUUAAGGGAAUAGAUCUACUUGGGUACUUAUUGAAAUGGACAGUAAUAAACACUCUUACAAUGCUACCUGAUUUUUAUGAAAUGUAUUUGCCAAGCCAAAAUUCUAGGAUGUAGAAAUCUGGAAAAUUCAUUUCCUGGGAUUAACUUCUCAAGGGAUUUUUUUUUUCUAAGUUAAUUUGGGAAAUUAGCUGCAUUUCACUUUACUGCAAGUCUUUGCCACGUGUGACUGAAUCAAGUUGUCAUUUCGAUACCGAAAGCAGUUGGUUUGGGAUUUGUGAGCGUCCGUGUAUUAUACAAGCACAACAGGGUUUGCACUAAAGAAUUGUCAUUGUAGUAACACUAUUUGGUAGCCUAACUUCGUAUGUGUAUUCUUAAUUGCACACAAAGUCAAUAAUUUGUCACCUUGGGGUUUUGAAUGUUUGCUUUAAGUGUUGGCUAUUUCUAUGUUUUAUAAACCAAAACAGAAUUUCCAAAAACAAUGAAGGAAACCAAAAUAAAUAUUUCUGCAUU